GCGGGCAGGGAGGCGGCGCCAUGGCGGCCAAGCGCAAGGCGGAGGCGCUGAUCCCGGCGGAGGAGAGCGACCAGCUCCUGAUCCGGCCCCUUGGUGCUGGCCAAGAGGUAGGAAGGUCCUGCAUCAUUCUGGAGUUCAAAGGAAGGAAGAUAAUGCUGGAUUGUGGGAUCCACCCAGGCCUGGAAGGAAUGGAUGCUCUUCCUUACAUUGAUUUGAUAGAUCCUGCUGAGAUUGAUCUCCUCCUCAUCAGCCAUUUCCAUCUAGAUCACUGUGGGGCUUUGCCCUGGUUCCUGCAGAAGACAAGCUUCAAAGGGAGGACAUUCAUGACUCAUGCCACAAAAGCCAUUUACAGAUGGCUGCUUUCAGACUAUGUCAAGGUCAGCAACAUCUCAGCAGAUGACAUGCUCUACACAGAAACAGACCUGGAGGAGAGCAUGGACAAGAUCGAGACCAUCAACUUCCAUGAAGUGAAAGAGGUGGCAGGAAUCAAGUUCUGGUGCUACCAUGCAGGCCAUGUGCUGGGGGCAGCCAUGUUCAUGAUUGAGAUAGCUGGAGUGAAGCUCUUGUACACAGGAGACUUCUCAAGACAGGAGGACAGGCACCUGAUGGCAGCUGAGAUUCCCAACAUCAAACCUGAUAUCCUGAUCAUUGAGUCCACCUACGGCACCCACAUCCACGAGAAGCGGGAGGAGCGCGAGGCCAGGUUCUGCAACACCGUCCACGACAUCGUCAACAGGGGAGGCCGAGGCCUCAUCCCUGUCUUUGCCCUGGGCAGAGCUCAGGAGCUGCUUCUCAUCCUGGAUGAGUACUGGCAGAACCACCCUGAGCUCCAUGACAUCCCCAUCUACUACGCCUCCUCCCUGGCCAAGAAGUGCAUGGCCGUGUACCAGACCUACGUCAACGCCAUGAACGACAAGAUCCGCAAGCAGAUCAACAUCAACAACCCCUUCGUCUUCAAGCACAUCAGCAACCUGAAGAGCAUGGAUCACUUUGAUGACAUUGGCCCCAGUGUGGUGAUGGCCUCCCCAGGGAUGAUGCAGAGUGGCCUCUCCAGGGAGCUGUUUGAGAGCUGGUGCACAGACAAGAGGAAUGGAGUCAUCAUAGCAGGCUACUGCGUGGAGGGAACCCUGGCCAAGCACAUCAUGUCUGAGCCUGAAGAGAUCACAACCAUGUCAGGGCAGAAGCUGCCCCUCAAGAUGUCUGUGGAUUACAUUUCCUUCUCUGCUCACACAGAUUACCAGCAGACCAGUGAGUUCAUCCGGGCCCUCAAGCCUCCACACGUGAUCCUGGUCCAUGGAGAGCAGAACGAAAUGGCCAGGCUGAAGGCUGCCCUGAUCAGGGAGUAUGAGGAUAAUGAUGAAGUCCACAUAGAGGUUCACAACCCCAGGAACACUGAAGCUGUCACCCUGAACUUCAGAGGAGAAAAACUUGCCAAGGUGAUGGGGUCUUUAGCUGACAAGAAACCAGAGCAAGGACAGAGGAUUUCUGGAAUCCUGGUUAAAAGGAAUUUUAACUACCACAUCCUGUCUCCAUGUGACCUCUCCAAUUACACUGACCUGGCCAUGAGCACGGUGACCCAGACCCAGGCCAUCCCCUACACAGGCCCUUUCAACCUGCUCUCCUACCAGCUGCAGAAGCUGACAGGGGAUGUGGAAGAAAUAGAGAUCCAACAGAAGCCAGCCCUGAAGGUUUUCAAGACCAUUACUGUGAUCCAGGAGCCAGGCAUGGUGGUCCUUGAGUGGGUGGCAAACCCUGCCAAUGACAUGUAUGCAGACACUGUCAUCACAGUGAUCCUGGAGGUGCAGUCCAACCCCAAAAUACAGAAAGCUGCAGUACAGAAAAUUUCCAAGAAGGUUGACAUGGAUGUGUACAGGAAGAGGAUGGAGAUCAUGCUGCAGGACAUGUUUGGAGAGGACUGUGUGAGCUCCAAGGAUGGCUCUGUGCUGUGCAUCACGGUGGAUGGGAAGACGGCAAACAUCUCCCUGGACACAAGGACGGUGGAGUGCGAGCCGGGGAGCGAGGAGGAUGAAUCCCUCCGCGAGAUGGUGGAGCUGGCUGCACAGAGGCUCUAUGAUGCCCUCAGCCCAGUCUGCUGACCCCCACAGGUCCCCAGGGCACCCCCAGGACCC